AUGGCCUCUCCACUUGAUCCUUCAACAAAGUUGAAAGCCACUGAAGGUAACUUACUCACAGACCCCACUCAAUACAGAAAGCUAGUGGGAAAACUGAACUUCCUCACCAACACACGACUUGAUAUUGCCUACAGUGUCCAACAUCUCAGCCAGUACAUGCAAAGUCAUCGAGAUUCUCAUCUCAAAGCUGCCAUGCAUACAGCUUGCCCUGAGACUAGAAAAUCAGUUAGCGGUUAUAUUAUAUUACUUGGAGACAAUCCAAUUAGUUGGAAAUCAAAGAAACAGUCCACUGUGUCACUAAGCUCUGAAGAGGCAGAGUACAGGUCUGCAAGAAAGGUAGUUGCAGAGCUUGUUUGGUUAUCUAAACUUUUGGAGGAACUAACUAUACACUUGAGUCUUCCCAUUCCAGUAUACUGUGAUAAUCAAGCAGUUCCUGCACAUCGCCAGAAACUCAGUGUUUCAUGA